AUGCAGAAACGAGAGAAUCUAGCUGUGGACGAACCAGAUCUAAACUUGCUGUCGGACGAGUUCGACCAAGAUUUGUUGCUAAACGAACCCAUCGAAGAAGAUGACUUUGGCCGACAUGAAAUCGCUGAAGCUUCUGUCGCUGCAGCAGGUGGGAGGCAGGAGGCUCUUGCGUCGUCUACUUUUUCAUCAUUGCCUCGCGAUAAAGCCGGAACGGGGAGGCAAGCUGGAAGUAGCCGUGCAGGGCAAGCGGGUACCAAAAGCCUUACCUUCAACGAGCAACACGAAAAUUUCUUGGCUAUCGAUAAGUUUCUAGGGGAGCUUGGAAAGCAGGAGGCGAUGACGCCGCUUAUGCUGGCUGGGGUGCUGCAGACACUCUGUUUUCCCACCGCCUUGCGCAUGAAUGUCACCGACGGCAAGCCGCGGCCGCAGAAGUACAUGAAUACGGGUCUCAUGGGUGUGGGUCGUAUCAAAGGCUGGGGAUGCCAGGAGUUUACAUUAUCUCUGAGCAAGCUGCUCAAUCGGUAGAAAAGUAUUUUUCUUUUGCACUACUUUUUGCCUCUGUGAGUUGCUCCUGUUUCAUCUGUUUUGCCGUACCUUCACAAAUUUGGAUUUGCUUUUUUGCGCAUCCUCUACAGAAUGUGACCGCCUUUUGAUUGUUGAAACGCCGCGUCAGGUUUUUUGACGCUUGGAUGCUACCGCAGUUGCUGGAAAGCGGCGCGGUUGAAGACGCUAAAGAAGUGCACUUCACGACAACCACACUGAACAACGGUGUGAAUUGCUGUGUGCACGUUGAUGGAAAGAACAGUGGCGUUUCGUACGCAAUCAGCGUUGGAGGCCGGGGAUCCUUGGCAGUGUUUGAUAGAGAAGCUGCGCACGAGGACGCAAAGAAUCCACCGUCGGCGGCGCACGUCCGAAUAUCGGUUCCGCGGGAGGGACCGGACCUCAAGGAGUACAAGUACCUGCGCGGAAAAUCGUGGUGGUUUAGGGUGCACGACACAUCCGAAAAGGCUGUUCAGUUCGAUGCUCGCAUCCCGCACCUCACCCACGAGGCAGAAAUCGGGCGCUUCGCAAUUUUGUUCUACCCGCAUGAGGGAUAUGCGACACUCAAAAAUCGAG